AUGCUGGAGCCGGUGAGGCAACUGGCCCUGGCAGCCAUCCUGGCAUUCCUGGCCUUCCGCCCACGCAAGGGCUGGCUGAGGCAGCGGGCGACUGUGGGCAGCAGCGACAACCUCGACUCGGGGGGCAGCAAGCUGCCACCACACACCAACAUUGUGGUUGAAGGCGGCGAUGAUGACGACCACGACCUUGACAGCAAGGGAAUGCCGCUGGUGCCGCCAGUGGACCCCACUGCCUUCUCCGCGCUGCCUGUCGGGUCACGGGAUGAGCGGGCAGAGAGCAAUCUGCCGUUCAGCUAUGUCACCACGGCUGGGUAUGCCAAGCCGAUGUUUAUCCCAGACGCCAGCUCUGGCGCGCCAUCCACUGGCCGCACCCCAUCUGGGGUGUUGCCCAGCAACCUGUCUGACAGCCUCCACUCGCUGGAGACCGACCCCAUGCUCACCUUCAUCUCGUCCCGGCUGUCCACCAUCCGACGCAACGCUGGGGGCCUGUCCCCCACCUCAUCCAGCGGCCUUACCAGCAUGUCUGGGCCACUGCCUGCUGAGGUGCAGCAGUGGGAGGUUCAGUGGGAGAACAUUGUGUUGGAGCGCCCCAUUGGCAGGGGCUCCUUCGGCAAGGUGUACCUGGCCAACUGGAAUGCGACGCCCGUGGCUGUCAAAAUUCUGAUCAACGCAGAGUACUGCAGCCGCGGCUCCCUGUACGAUGUGCUGCGACAGGCCUCAUGGCGCCCAGAAUGCGCAGCAGAGCUGACAUGGCAGCUGCGGCUCAGCAUGGCAUUUGAUGCGGCGCGUGGCCUGUUGUACCUUCACCUGCGUACGCCACCCAUCAUUCACCGGGAUGUCAAGAGCCCCAACAUGCUGGUGGAUCGCAACUGGAACGUCAAGGUGUGCGACUUUAACCUCUCCGAAAUACUCCGGCACCAGCCUGCCGUGGUGCCCAUGGGCGGCGAUGCCACCAACCCCACCUGGCUGGCGCCAGAGGUCCUCAGCGGCGAGCGGGCCACGGCGGCAUCCGAUGUCUACUCAUUUGGGCUUGUUCUGUGGGAGCUGCUUGUUUGGAAGCUGCCAUGGGCACGCCAGCCGCCUUACCAGGUGCGGCGCGCGGUGCUGGAUGGGAAUCGGCCAGAGAUCCCGCCACGCGAUUCGCUGCCAGGCCCCGACAACGACAAGUUUAUGCAGCUGGAUGCCUACUGCCAGCUGUUGAGGUGCGCGGAGCUGGUGUGGCGCAAAGACUGUUGGGCGCACAACCCCGCAGACCGCCCCGCUUUUGCCGACAUUGUCCCCCGCAUCAGCGCCAUGAUGGACCUGGCCUCUCCAGGACCUAUUCCUUUCCAGACAGAGGGCCUGGAGCGGCUGCUGACCGCCGGCGGCGGCCUCAUCGCAGCGCUGGCGGAGGCGGAGGGCCACGCCUCGGGGCGGGCCGCCACCGCGCUGGAGCAGCGCAGCGGCCUGAUGGGUCCAGCCGCCCAAGCCGCUCAGCUUUCUGUGCUCGCGUGCCUUGAAAAAAUGGUGCCAUGCACCACCGGCCUGGCCGCCGCGCUGCCGGAGCAGGGCGUGGCGGAGAUUGUGGCGGUGGGCCCCAAGGGCCGCUUUGUGCGGUGCCAGGAGGUGCGUACCCGCAAGCACACGGCGCCCGGCGCCACCAAGCCUGCGGCCCAUACCGGCGCCGGGUUGUUCGCCGUGUGUGACGCGCUGCUGGCCGCGCAGUUCCCGCACGGCCGCGGUGGCCUGCAGCAGGAGCUGUGCGUGGCCCUGGGCAUGGUGCAGGGCACUCAGCCGCCGCUGCUGGUGCUCCUGGCGCAGCCGGUGGCAGGGGCGGCUGGGGCGGGGGCGGGGGCGGAGGCGGCGCGGGAGGCGGCGCAGGCGGCGGCGCGGGAGGCGGCAGGCGCGGCGCUGGCAAAGGUGCCGGCGGCGGUGGGGGGCCUGGAGCUGUACAAGCUGUGA